AUGACUUCUGGCGACGAUGACGCCGCCAAACCUACUGCCGACGCUGACGCUGCACGCGACGAGGAAGCACGCGCAGCCGAGGCAGCCCGAGCUGCUGCUCUGGCCCGCGCCGAGGAAGCUGAGCGGGAGGCCGCCUCCGCUCAGGCCGAUCUCGACGCCGCCGCCGCUCGUCUCCGUGCCGCGCAGGAGCGCGCUGCUGCCGAACGUGCCGCGGCCGCGCCCUCCAAGGAAGAUGACGCCGACGCCUUCCACCAUGGCGAAGACGACAUCGACCUCCAGGCCGCUCUUCUCCAACAGGAGGCCGCCGUCCUCCUCAAUCUCCAUGCUCAAGCUGUCUCUGUCCAGAACAUCCGGACUCUCGUCCCGCUGCUCCUGGAUGUCAACUCCACCUUCUACGCCCGCUGGAAGGAGUCCUUCCUUGACGUCCUCGGAAAGUACUCGCUGGAACGCCAUGUUCUCUCCGACGCCGUCGCCCCUGCUUCUCCUUCCUGGGUGCGGAUGAAUUGUGUCGUCCACACCUGGUUGCUCGGCGCCAUCUCCGACGAUCUCGCCGACUCUGUCUCCGAGCGCGGCGCUUCCGCUCGUGCGAUCUGGCUCGCCAUCGAGUCCCAAUUCCUUGGGAACCGUACCACCCGAGCUCUCUACGCCGACCAAGAGUUCCGGGCCUUUUCCCAAGGCGAUCUCUCCAUCAUCGACUACUGCCGCCGCUUCAAACGCAUGGCGGAAGAUCUUCGGGACCUCGGCCAACCGAUCUCCGAGGAGACGCUCGUCCUCAACAUCAUCCGUGGGCUCAAUGAGCACUUCAGAGCCCUUGGUGUGCGACGACCUUCGUCUCGAGGAGCUGACCAUGGCCAAAGCUCCCCCGCCGCUGCCCUCACCGCCCUCUCUGGCUCCAGCACCGGCGGCUCUGGCGGAUCCAAGCCACCCACCCCAGCGCCGCCUCGACCACCCCAGCAGCAGGACUCCUCCCCAAAGACGCCACAUCAAUCGGCGUCCAACUCCGGGGGCGGCGGCUUCCAGCGCGGCAAGCGCGGCGGCAAGCGCUUCAACAAAGGCGGUGGUGGCGGGGGUUCCUCCACUGGCGGCGCCUCCGGCAACGCAUCUGGCGGCGGCUCCUCCUCCCCUGCGAUGGCUCCACCAACCGGCACCAGCUUCUACAACCCGUGGACUGGCGCGAUCUACAUGUGGCUGGGUCCACGGGCCCCGAUGCCUCCGAGGGCCGCUCCUCCAGCUCAACACCAGACCUACGUCGCCGGCCCACCUGGCCAAUGGGCUGGCCAGUGGGGUGUUCCCUCCCCUAUUGCGCCUCUGUCUCCGGGCUGGGAUCAGCAGGCCCUAGCGGCCCAAUUCCAGACCAUGUCGCUCCAACAGCCGCCGCAACAAGAUUGA